UUACCUCCCCCCGGAAAACCUCUCCACGCGUGUUGUAAUUCAUUGCCACUGCCAGGGGGAAGUACCUUGAGUGUAACAGCCAAGAGAAAAAUUGGGGCAGCUGUUGCAGACAACGUCCGUGUGUGUGGCUACGAAGUUUAGAGAUUGGUGGUUGAACACUUACAGCUGUCUGGGACGCGAAAACUUGGUAUCUGACUACCUGAGUGGUGACGUCAUGGAUUGGGCCUCCUCUCACCAAAUUCUCCUCCUUUCAGCUGCGGGUGCAGGAGUGGCCUUUUAUGCCGCCCGGAAGUACUUUGGCGGGGGCGUGUGUUACAGCACAGCCAGGCUGGAGGGGAAGACUGCCAUCGUUACAGGUUCUAAUACAGGACUGGGCAAGGAGACGGCACGUGAUCUGGCCAGGAGAGGUGCCCGGGUGAUCCUUGCCUGUAGAAAUGUGACCAAAGCUGAGGAAGCAGCGGAAGACAUUCGUAAGACUACCGGAAACGGAAAUGUCGUAGUGCUGAAGUUAGACCUGUCAUCUCUGGCCUCUGUCCGAGAGUUUGCUGCAGGAAUUAACGAGAAGGAAGAGCGACUGGACAUUCUCAUCAACAAUGCAGGGAUCAUGAUGUGCCCGCAGUGGAAGACAGAAGACGGGUUUGAGAUGCAGUUCGGCACGAACCACCUGGGUCACUUCCUCCUCACCAACCUGCUGAUGGACAAGCUCAAAAAGUGCGCACCCAGCCGGGUCGUGACCGUGUCUUCUAUGGGGCAUCAGUGGGGGAAGAUCCAUUUUGACGACAUCAACUUGGAAAAUGGCUACGAACCUCUGAAGGCGUACGGUCAGAGCAAGCUGGCCAACAUCCUCUUCAUCCGGGAACUGGCAAAGAAGCUGGAAGGAACAGAAGUGACCUGCUAUGCCGUUCAUCCGGGCGGUGUGCGGUCGGACCUGUCCCGGUACAUGCCCGACGCCCAUGGACGUUGGCUGGCCCUUGUGCAGCCCUUAGUCCAACUUGGCAUGUACGUCGUCGGAAAAAGUCCGGAGCAGGGUGCACAGACCUCCCUCCACUGUGCCCUUCAGGAGGGCUUGGAGUCCAAGUCUGGUCUGUACUUCAGCGACUGUGCGCCAAUAGACCCGAGUCCAGCAGGUCAGGACGACGAGGUGGCUAAGAGACUGUGGGAGGUCAGCGAGGAGAUGGUGGGACUCAAAAAUACUGACAACAUGGCGGAUAGCGGUGGUGAACUGGAAAAGCAAGAGUCACGCCUAGUCGUAUUUGCAGGGAUCCUUGUAGGAGUAGCCGGGGUGGUACUUAUGAGAAAGUACUUCGGUGGAGGUGUGUGCCGCAGUACCGCACGGCUGGACGGGAAGACUGUCGUCAUCACCGGGGCGAACACGGGCAUCGGCAAGGAGACGGCAAGGGACAUCGCCAAAAGGGGUGCCCGGGUGAUCCUUGCUUGUAGAGAUUUAACGAAAGCUGAGGCUGCAGCUGCAGAGAUUCGCCAGGACACCGGAAACGGAAAUGUCGUCACAGAGAAGAUGGACUUGGCCUCCCUGAAGUCUGUCCGUGAGUUCGCACUCAAAGUUAACGCCAGGGAAUCUCGACUGGACAUUCUUAUCAACAAUGCUGGAAUCAUGGCCUGUCCACAGUGGAAGACAGAAGACGGUUUUGAGAUGCAAUUCGGCACGAACCACCUGGGUCACUUCCUCCUCACCAACCUGCUGCUGGACAAGCUCAAGAAGUCCGCACCCAGCCGGGUCGUCAACGUCUCCUCCGGCGCUCAUGAGCAAGGAGCAAUCAACUUUGAUGACAUCAACUUGGAGAGGACUUACACUCCAUGGGGUGCCUAUGGACAGAGCAAGCUGGCCAACGUACUCUUUACUAAGGAACUGGAUCGAAAGUUGAAAGACUCGGGAGUGACGACCUACAGUCUUCACCCAGGCGUCAUCAACACGGAACUGUCACGCAAUAUGGAUGCCGCCUUUGGCUGGGGAUUCACCCUGCUCAGUCCAGUCCUUUCUGCCGCCGUGCGUCUGUUUGGGAAGUCAGUCCAACAGGGCGCCCAGACUACCAUCCACUGUGCGGUGACCGAGGGUCUGGAAGGUUUUUCCGGACAAUACUUUGCGUGA